AUGCCAGAUAUUUAUAGGAUUGAGUCAUUCCCAGGUGAUUUCUUGAAGGUUUGCCCAUCUGGCAAAACUGUUCACAAGAUGAUGGCAAAAUGCCAAUACCCCACCACAGUUGCCGAACUCAAGACACUUCCUGAUACCAGAAAAAUACUUCUACCUCUUGAUCAUCUUGACCCUGCCACUAUUCCUGCGGACAUACCUCCUUAUAUCAUCAUGCAAUUUGAACACCUCAUUACCGCAGAGGAACAGCAUCAUCUUUGGUUCCAGUGGGACCGGCUGAUAGCUGCAAAGCCUGUGCACCUCCUGAAGUGUGACAAGAAUUGCUCGGCUUCUGAGGCAUGGCACCUGGGAAUAUGGGAGUCACUGGCUAUUGAGGCUAUAGACAAUCUGCUUCAUUUCAUCAAGACACACAUUGCCAGUGAAAUUAGUGGUGUUUUUAAAGAACAUGCCCCGGCACAAUGGAAGGCACUUUGCGGAGCACACAAUUGUGUACUUGACAAAUUGGGGAGCCAGUUUGAAUUGCAUCCCAAUCUUGAUAUGGGUGGAGCAUUUUUUACAGUUGCUGCCAAGGAGGCUGGGUCUGGAAUUACUUAUAUUGACUGGAAUGAUGAUCAUGCCAUAUAUGCUUUUGUAUUUGUGGUGUGGGAUUAG